AUGGCUCCAACCAGCAGUGAGAAGUGGUCGCGAUUCCUGCUGCUCCACCUUUAUCGCGUAGCCCGACUCCUGUCACUGUUGUCCUCGACCUUGGACAGGGAAAAGCUGCAGUUGAAGCGUCCUAGGAGUGGCAGCUCCAUCAAGCUCUUUAGCAUCAUCUGGCGAUGUCUGGUGGUUGUCAUCUACUCCGCCGUAUGGCCGGCACUGUCCGCCCAUCUUGUGGAAUCGACACCGAAGAGCUAUGCCGAGCUAUUCGCCGCCCUCCAGGCUGCAUCAGUUUCCGUCUUGGCCGUGGUAUCCUUCAUCAUCCAAGCUAGUGGCGAGGCCAAAUUCCGGGAGGUGCUCAAUCGAUACCUCAACCUCUAUAAAAGGAUAUGCUCGGCGACCCGACUGCCGCACCUGUUUCCGACAAAAUUUGUGGUUUUCUUCCUCCUGAAGGCGCUGGUCACUAUGGUCAGUUGUUUCCACGAAUUAUUUCCCCUGAUGAGCGCCAAGCACUUUGCGGGCAUCAUGCCCGCCGUGGCCGUCAUCUUCGGCAUCUACAUGUGGCUGGGCACGAUCUUCGUCCUGGACGUCUGCUUCCUUGGCUUCCUGGUUUCCGGCAUCCUCUACGAGCACAUGGCCAACAACAUCUCAGUGAUGCUUAAGCGCAUGGAGAUCAUAGACUCCCAGGAGGAGAAGGACCGCAUGAGCAAGUACCGCAAAAUGAGACUCCUGUGCGACUACGCCGACGAGCUGGACGAGGUGGCGAUGAUCUACAGUGAGCUCUACGCCCUAACGAUCGCCUUCAGGCGCAAGCUCCAGUGGCAGAUACUGUUCUGCAUCUACUACAACUUCAUCAACAUCUGCCUGAUGCUCUAUCAGUGCAUUUUCCGGUACCUGAAGGACGACGAGUCGGCCCUGAUUUCCCUGGCCAUGGCCUUCGUGAAAAUGGCCAACCUGGUCCUGCUAAUCAUGUGCGCGGACUACGUCGUGAGAGAAUCCCAAAAGCCCAAGGUAUUUCCUCUGGACGUGGUCUGCACUGAUAUCGAUCAGCGGUGGGACAAAAGUGUAGAAACUUUCCUCUGUCAGCUUCAAACACAGCAGCUCGAGAUUAAGGUCUUGGGCUUCUUUCAUUUGAACAAUGAGUUCAUCCUGGUUAUUUUGUCAGCCGUGGUGUCAUACCUCUUCAUAAUGAUUCAGUUUGGCAUUACAGGUGGAUUCGAAGCAUCGGAUGAGAUACGAAAGCAGUUCCAGGCCCAGUAA